ACUUGAGCUUCAGCUGUCAUUGCUCCUCAAUCCCCUCGAGGUUGGCUGCCGUCUCUUCCAACAUGGCUCUAAUCACAGGACUGUGUACUUUCUUGUAUCACUUACCUCAGAUUUACAAAUGGUUGCUGAAACCCUAUUAUAUCACUUCGCUCUUCAUGACCGUCGCCUUCUUGGUGGUCCGAAAGGCUCCCGGUCUGUGCGAGCACCUGGCCACCCAGCGGGAGGACGGCAACUCCUGCGACUUUGACUGGAGAGAGGUGGAGAUUCUCAUGUUUCUUAGUGCAAUAGUGAUGAUGAAGAACAGGAGAGCGAUCACACUGGAGCAGCACAUAGGGAACGUGUUCCUGUUCAGUAAAGUGGCCAACGUCAUGCUUUUCUUCAGGCUGGAUAUUCGGCUCGGCAUCCUUUACCUCGCAUUAUGUGUCGCAUUCGUCAUGACCUGUAAGCCACCUCUCUACAUGGGCCCCGAGUACAUCAAGUACUUCAGUGACAAGACCAUGGAUGAGGAGCUGCAGAGAGACAGUCGUGUCACCUGGAUUGUUGAAUUCUACGCAAACUGGUCCUCUGAAUGUCAGUCUUUUGCAUCCAUUUUUGCCGACCUCUCUCUCAAGUACAACUGUCCUGGACUCAGGUUUGGAAAGGUGGACAUUGGACGCUAUGGAGAGGUUUCAGAGAGGUACAGGGUUAGUACUUCUCCUCUGACCAAGCAGCUGCCCUCACUGGUGCUUUUCCAAGAAGGGCGGGAAGUUAUGAGACGUCCAAUGGUGGACAAUAAAGGGAGAGCUGUGUCUUGGACCUUCAGUGAGGAGAACAUUAUCCGAGAGUUUAACCUCAACGAGCUCUUCCAAAAAUCCAAGAAGCUGAACAAAGACCGCGGUUUGAAUGAAGAGGAGCAGAACAGCACUCAGCCAGAGGAGGGCAGCAACGAGCUCCCUUCGGAAACCAACGACCUGAAGCAGCCCACGGAGAGCAAGAAAGAUCAGUGAAGUGAAGCGGAAGAUUCAGAGAGCGGCUGCAAGAACUCAUUCAUUUUCUUCAGACAUUGCCAUGCCUUAAAUCAUUGCAAAAGCCUAGAAUAUUAUGGGUGAGAGAGGAAAAUAUGUUCAACCACUACUCAAUGUCAUGUCUACAUUAAGUCUUUACGCUAUAAGUCUUUUUGUAGUUUAAAUGCAGCUAUGCAAUAGAUAAAAAUGUUUGGAUGACAUUUUAUUACUUAAGUUAUUUGUGAACAAAUGCCUUUUUUGUAAUUGUUUUUUGGCUACUUUCAGCAUCAUCACUCUGUUUUAACUUUUGCUGCCUUUGUUUUGCCACUAGUGUUUACUGAUAUAUGUUUCAAAACCAAAGUCAAAAGGUGAGAGGUGAAAGUUAAGAUUGAUGACACAUGAGUUUUUCAUCAGUUUGACCUUUUUAUUCUGAGACCUUUUUAAAAAAAAAAAAUCUUUUAAGGCCAUUUUAGAAAUGUCUUUAAUGUACUCAUUAGAUAUUUGUGUGAAACCUUUCCAUUCAUCACAGCUCACAAUAGCGAUAUUUUAUCUCACAUAGAAGUUAACUUUUUACUGUACCCACAUAGUUUCAAAUUGUUCAGUGGCUACCAUCCUUGGCCAGAGCAGGAAGAAAAAGUAACACAGGUUCUCUUUUACCUCUGUAAGACGGCUCCCUGUGCCAUUAACGAUGCUUCUUUUCUUGUUACCAUGUUGCAUCAACAAUGUGGGCUUUUGACAAUAUUCUCACAAGUAUGCGCGCCAGUGAAGCAUUCAGCAUGACAAACAAAUCACAUGCACACUGAAGACAGGCUGGAAGGGUUGAAAACUCGUAACACGGUCCUUUGGGUUGGACGAUGAUGCUUGUGUGCUUCAAGCGUGUACUGUCCCCCAAAGGUGUGCUACGUUCAGCUAGCUUUGAAAUUCUACUGCUAACACUCAACUGUAGACCUUAAAAAAAAAAUAAUUUUAAACUAAAAAAAAACCUUCAACUGUAAUGCCCAAUCUUGAAGCUCUCAUACACACAUCCCUUCCUCAAAUUAUUCCGUUCCUAACAUGGCCGAG